AUGGUGUUUUCAUUGACAUACCAAAUGGGAAUCAUGAUGACAGCGAUGGUGGUCGCUCAAAACGUUCGAAACGAGACUCGAUUGUUGAAAAUAAAGCUAGCGAGGCUUUACAAUAACCUGGCAGCUUAUCCAAAUAGGCCUGAGCGUAAGAAAAUAAGAAACUUCUAUCGGAUGGCUUUGAAGAAUCCGGUGGAAAUAAACUCGGUGGUGGAGUUGGGCGUGGGUAUGGCUUUACUGCCCACCUGCGUGUCUGUGGCCGUCUCUUACGUCAUUAUAAUGCUGCAGUUUAACAACACCGUUUGA